GCGACGCUUCUGCACACGCCUGGCCACACACCUUCGCCUGCGCCGGAAUCCGGACGUCUGCCGGACCACUUUGUCUGUCUGCACGGUUACACCUGGGGGUGACCAACUGGAGGGGGAAGCCAUGGUGGUGCCUAAGGAGAACGGCCAUCUCUUUGUGCAGGAGAAGAUGGACCACCUCGUCUCGGAGCUGUCGAAGGGUCAAGAAGGUGCAGGGUCCGGCGGCAUCGUCACAAGGAAGAUCAUCGUCAUCGAAGCCGGGGCCCAGUGGGACCACGCAGUGGUUUCAGGGCCUUGGGAAGUUCUCCAG